UAUACCGAAGAAUAUCUUUCAAACAAAUGAUAAAAAUAAAUGCGAUAGUCAUAUAAGGAUUAGUAGUAGUUAUGGUCAACAAUUUUGGAUAUGUGAACACCUGCAGUUUGUGAUGUCUAUAAAAACUAGAAACAAAUAAAAAAUUAUAUACCCCGCUACUCCCCCCCUAUAAAAAUAAAAUUCCUAGAAAAACGUUAUCGUUUGCCUUGAAGGCAAGAGGAACACGUGCAAUGAGCCUUUCGUAUCUACAUCAGUCAUAUAGUCAUUGUAAUCUCUUGCACAGUAGAGGAACGUUCCAAUUAACCAUUAGUGUUUAAACGUUACUCGUACGUGGAUCUCAGCUGAACGUGCGCAACCGGCUCACAAGAACGGUUACGUUUAGUUAGUUAUAUAAAAGCUAAUAUUGUGAAUUUAAUCCAACAACCAUGGAUAUGUAUAUAACACAAGAUAAUUUUGUUUAUUGUGAUUAUUUUUCGCCAGAUUCAUUGUAUCCUCCAUCACCUUUUACACAGUCUUAUUCAAGUGCAUUGUCACCUUAUUCAUCAAUAUCAUCUCCAUACACCACACUAUCUCAAACUAAAGGAUCAUUUAAUCAAAGCAAUGUUUUCAAAUUUCCAUCCCCUAUUGAUGAUUCUUAUAUACAAACUCGUGAAGAUGUUAUAAGGUUGACAAUUUCAAAAGCUAAAAGUAUUUCCGAAAUAGAAGAAUUGGGUCAAAGUCUAAUUAACAUGGAUAAAAGACAUGUAUUUCAAAAUAAUGGUCAAAAAACUCUUUUACCGAUAUCAAAAGAAGAACCUAAAAGGGGAAGUGAAUUAUAUGUUGCAUUGCCUAAAUCAUGUCUAGAAGGAUUUUUAUAUGCUAUUUUUUCACAAUUUGGUGAGAUUCAUCAAAUUCGUUUGAUGAUGCAUUUCACAGGUUCAAAUCGUGGUUAUGGUUAUGUUAUGAUGAAAAAUCCUAUUCAAGCUGAAAUGGCGCUCAUUAAGCUUAAGGAUAUUUCUUUACCUGGCAUCAGAAGUCAGUUAUCAGUCAAUAUGUCUACUGAUAAUAGAACACUUUUUGCUAGAUGUAUACCUCAUGACUUAACAGAAGAACAAUUGCAAAUGGAGUUUGAAAAUCGAGUAGAAGGUGUUAAGAAAGUUAGAGUGUUUAAUGAUGUAGAAGAUCCAUCAAAAAACAGAGAAUUUUGCUUUAUUAUCUUCAAAGAUCAUAGAAGUGCAGCUUUAGCUCGACGAUCAAUGGCAGAAAAUCCACUUUUUAUAAAUGGUACUUCAAUAAUGAUUCAAUGGGCAACUAGUGAACCAGUAUUUCGAUACUCUGUCCUGAGAAGAAUGUCACAAUUACAUGUUCGAAAUAUGAAUGUAUUAACAACUGAAGAUGAUUUAUGGAAAUUAGUAGUACAAUAUGUAAAUCCAAAUCAUAUUUUACUAAUAAGAAAAAAUAAUACAUGUGCUAGAAUAAAAUUCUCUCAACAUGAAUAUGCUAAUCUAGUAAGAAGAAACCUUGAUGGUAAGGAACUUCAUGGAGUUAAACUUAUUGCUAUGUGGGAUAAAAUCGAAGGAUCCAAGUAUGAAAAAUCUGGGUGUUAUCAACCUCCAAGCCCAUGAAUUAAUAAUGAUUUUUUGAUAAUUAUUUAAUUUAGUAGGUUAAGAAAUAAAAAAAAAAUUGUUUCCAAAAUUCUUAUCAUGUUUUUUAUUAUUCCUUAUAAUUAUGAUAAGAAAUGUUAUUAUUAAUAUAUUUAUCUGUAUAAAAAAUUUCUUACCAACUUCACUGUUGUUCAUAAAUACUGGUUCCACACUUACUGAAUGCUCAGUAGCUUUAUCUUCUAUCCCAUUUCUUAUAUGGAUUCCUUUUUUGCCAUCAGCUCCACAAGAUAUUAUAAAUUUUAAAUAAGAUUCUGUUUCACUGUAAUUCUGACAUAAAUAUUCAAAUGAUUUUUCAACCUAAAAUAA